AUGGAAGAUAAAGCAAUCAAAAGAAAAACUACGAAUAAGGAGUCAAGAAGACAACAAAGUGUGGUAUACACUUUAACAUCAUUAUCUGGAGAACGAAAGGUUGUUUGUAAAAAAAUAUUUUUGAAUACUCUAUCGAUUUCAGAGCGUACAGCUCGAACUGCUUUAAGCAAAGUGAAAGAGUGUGGAAUCUUGGAAGCAGAUAAAAGGGGAGGAAGGCAGAGAAAAUAUGAUGAGAAAAAACGAGAGGAAUUCAUAAGAAAGGAUAUAAGUGAGCAUAUUGAUAGAUUCCCCAGAGUAGAAUCUCAUUAUUGCCGUGCUAGCAUUAUCAAAAUGUACUUACACCCAGAUUUGAAUUUAAGAAAAAUGCAUGCUAUGUAUUUAGAUGAAUUAGAGAAAGUUGGAAGAGUAGAAAAACCAAGUUUUCAUACCUAUAGAAGAGUAUUUAAGGCCAAAAACUUAUCUUUUCAUUCACCAAAAAAAGAUCAGUGUUCCCUUUGCGUGUCUUAUAGGGAAGGCGACGAUACCGUUAAACAUAAAUUAAAAGCUCGAUACGAUCUUCAUAUUGCCGAAAAGCUAUAUCCAAUAAUAAGUCUGGCACGAAUAAACAGCCCUUAUAAGGUUGUUCCAAUGAAGUUCAGCGACUUUAAAGAUUAUAAGUCGUUAUCAAAAGAUCUUAGAAUCCUGAGUAUUAGAACCAGCGAAAGUGGCAAGAACGUUAAGUGGACCGAUGUAAUGGAAGUGUACGGCUGUCAGGACUCCGAAACAAUACAGCACGUAACUGGUGGAUGCCAAGCAUUCGCUCCAACGGACUAUAAGGAGCGCCACGACAUAGCUGCCAAAAUCAUGCACCAGGAGUUGGCAUACAAAUUCAAACUGAUCGAAUGCAAGCUACAGUACUACAAAUAUACACCGCAAUGUGUCCUCGAGAACGACAAGUAUAAACUAUACUGGGAUCGCACUGUGCUUACGGACCAAUACAUAAAACAAAACAGACCUGACAUAAUCAUUGUCGACAAGGGCGCCCAGAAAGUAACACUGAUUGAUGUGGCCAUACCUAAUAGUAACAAUUUAACAUACAAACAUAAUGAGAAAGUUGCAAAAUACAGGGAGCUAGAAUUUCAAAUUAAACGCCAGUGGAAAAUGAAGUACGUGGAAACAAUACCAAUAAUAAUGUCAUCUACAGGGGUGAUACCAAGAAGGCUGCUAGAAAACAUCAAAGCGCUGGAACUGAGUGAAAACAUUUACAAAAUCAUACAGAAAGGAGUUUUGCUGGCAACUGCCCGCAUAGUAAGAAAAUUUAUGGGAAAUGCAAGUACCUAG